AUGUGGCAUAGCAAAAGCCUUCGAAGCCACCUGUGUCCCACGCCCAAAGGCGUUCCUCCCUUUCAAGAGGAAGGUACAUAUGGAUCUACCGGAGGGAUCUCAGCGAGGUACGGGAGGGGUGCCCUCGUGUGGGUCUCCCCCGGUUGGUACAGGCUGGCCCACUAUUUCGCGGAUGCCCUCGAGGCCCGUUUGGCCGGCGGGCGAAGCCCGAUUUACAAAUCGAUCGCCGCUCGGAAGACAAAGGCUUCGGACUACCUUCGGGCCUACUACACGUCCCUUGCAUCGGCUCCAUUUAAAAAAAUCUCGAAUUUCGCAUCCAUUCGAACAAUAAUCAACGAGACCCGAAAGGCUGACAAAGUCCACGUCAUCGAUUUUGGUAUCCUGUACGGAUUCCAAUGGCCCACCUUCAUCCAGCGCAUCUCGAAACGGGAGAACGGGCCUCCGAGGGUUAAGAUCACUGGGAUUGAUUUCCCUCAACCGGGCUUCAGGCCUGCAGAGCGGGUCGAGGAUACGGGCCAGAGGCUGGCCCGUUACGCGGAGAAAUUCGGUGUCCCGUUUGAGUACAACGCGAUUGCUCGAAAAUGGGAGAAUAUCCGGCCUGAGGAUCUGAAAAUCGAGACAGACGAGUAUUUGGCCGUGACAUGCAUGUACCGAGGCAAAAACUUGCCGGACGAGUCAGUUAUGGCACAAAGCUGCUCCCGGACUAAGGUUCUCGAUUUAAUCCGGAAAAUAAAACCGGACAUUUUUAUCCACGGCGUGGUGAACGGCACUUACGGGGCCCCGUUUUUCUUGACCCGGUUUCGUGAGGUUCUUUACCAUUUUUCGGCUUUGUUCGACAUGUUGGAAGCUUGUGUGCCUCGUGAAAUUACCGAAAGGACCCUCAUUGAAAAAGAGAUGUUCGGGAGGGAGGCUUUCAAUGUGGUGGCUUGCGAGGGUUGGGAGAGGGUCGAAAGGCCCGAGACUUAUAAGCAGUGGCAGGUUCGUAAUAUGAGGGCCGGGUUUGGACAGGUGGCGUUUGACCGGGAGAUUGUUCGGGAGGCGAUGGAGAAGGUGAAGAUGUACUUUCACAAGGAUUUUCUGAUCGAUGAGCAGAGUAGGUGGGUGUUGCUCGGGUGGAGAGGGAGGAUAGUUAACGCCAUUUCGUGCUGGAAACCCGUCUGA